ACUGCAUCGACAGCAGUUCUGCUUGGAAAUCAUCUUUACGUGGCUAACGUAGGUGACUCUCGGGCUGUAAUAUCAAAGUCGGGCAAAGCUAUUGCACUCUCUGAUGAUCACAAGCCAAACAGAAGUGAUGAGAGGAAACGAAUUGAGAGUGCUGGUGGGAUUGUUAUGUGGGCUGGAACUUGGAGGGUUGGUGGUGUACUUGCAAUGUCUCGGGCAUUUGGCAACCGCUUGUUGAAGCAAUUUGUUGUCGCGGAACCAGAGAUUCAGGAUCAAGAAAUAGAUGAUGAACUGGAGUUUCUGAUUUUGGCUAGUGAUGGGUUGUGGGAUGUGGUUCCAAAUGAGGACGCCGUCUCGCUCGUUAAGAUGGAGGAGGACCCCGAGGCGGCAGCCCGGAAGCUGACGGAGACUGCUUUCGGCCGUGGGAGCGGCGACAACAUCACCUGCGUCGUCGUCAAGUUCCAGCACAGCAAGACGGGCGGUGGUGACUCCCCUCCCAUCUCUCCCCCGGGCAAUCAAAUUUGAUUGCUUCUAUUCGUCCGCUAUACAUGUUGUUGUUAGCCUUUAAAUUUACAGCAGCUGGAUGGAUGUUUUCUCUGUUGAAUGAGUUGUAUGUACAUUGGCGGCUGGUACUAGAUGGCGACUUCCGUACAUGGUGUUAACUGGUAUACAACCAAAUUGUGGUGCUGGUUACAUACAGUGGUACAUGGACGAGAAUAUAUCUAGCUAGUGCGUAUUCCUCUUAAGAAGUUUUUAUUUAUUUA